AUGCGUGAGCGCGUAACUUUUAUUCACAAUGACUAUAGUCUUGAUCCUGAGGCUUUGGAUAACCAAGAUGCUGGGUUAUUAGGGCCUCAGAUCGAGACCGUUCGUCAGGACAAGCUCACUAUUCCUUUCGGUGAGCUGCCUAGCGAGCUCACCGACAUACUUCAAGAGUAUGAAGCUCUUCAUAUUAGAUGGGCAAGUCCUGUCAAGUCGGAGACAAUGGAUCCUUUCACCUCCCGUAUCUCACCGGGACUCCACGUCUAUGCCACUCCAGUCUUGCCAAACUCCUGCAACCCAACAAAACUCUGUAGCUGGCUUCAGAGAUUUGGCCCACUGGACUGUUCCAAACCAGAGGCCUUUACCGAAUUUCAGCAAAGCACCUCCGCUUCCCCUAGCUUCUCUUUCUACGAAGCACUUGAGGAUUUGCAUUCUUUCAUAACCACUAGCUCUCAAGAAUUUUGUCCUGAGCUCGAUUCGGUCUGCAACGCUCGACUACGUAGUCUAUUGACGGCUACUGGCCUGGAUUUGUCUUUUGAUAAGGCUGCCAAUGCUCUUGUCGUCUCGGCGUUAUGGCCUCUUCGACCUCAAACUGUUGCAGUCCCUGCAUCUAGUGCGAGGAGAGUAGAGGUUGGAAUUUUUGUCAAUGAUCAAUCGCAGCCGAACAUGAAGGAGAACGAGCUGGGAGUUGCUGGCGUCUUGUCUGUACUUGGUGACCAGAAGAAGCCUUCACCAACCAUUUUUACUUUUCCUGCACGACAUCGUCGAGAUGGAUCAGUCUUCACCUCCAAGUUUCUCACGCCUACAGGACUUCACCCAACUUUACAACUCAGCUUCAACUCUAAUAAGCUUCCCAGCGCCGAUGGCGAGUGUGCGCCCUACGCGUUCUUGACACUGCCCAGGACAAUCUUUGCGGAUCGGUAUCAACUAGGCGAUGAGUUGUUCCUGGCGUCCAAGAAUCUCACCGCUUUGCGAUACACAACUCUUCCCGUCGACCUGGAAGCUCCAGCAUACACUGCUGAGACGUGGGGCUCCAGCAUUCUUCUUGGUCUCGCGCCGCCUGAUCCCAGCACAGAGAAGCCAUGGAGCGUUGAAAUCCCGCUACACCUACGAUACCUCAAGCCUUCGGCGACUGGCCAAGUCGAGAUUGAGAUACCUUAUCCCGCAGUAUUUUGGGCAUGCUCCUCAGAAGAAGGGACCUUGGAAAGCCCAUUCGACAGGCUGCAUGUGGGAUACGAUGAUUUGUUCCCUCGUGACACCGUCUUUUGGCAUGCCAACCCUCAACCGGAAGGCGGCAGCAGACUCAUGAACAGAGUCACGGUACCUGUGCUUGAUGAUGAUGGAGUAGGUUCUAUCAGGUCAGGCACAGCCAUUGCUGUUGCGAUUGGCUUUGCUUGGGUUAUGUGGAAGUUGGUCAGUGUCAUGCUGAAGCCUGACAGAACACCAGCUGGUGUCACAAAGGAGACCAUGCAAAAGAAGUCUCACUAG